GCACUGAUAGGCAGCACUGAUGGGCACUGAUAGGCAGAACUGAUGGACACUGAUGAGUACCAAUAUAUGGUCAUGAACAGGGGUGGACUGAUAACUCAUGGGGCCCCCGGGCAAUAGGGGAUCAUGGGGCCCCCUGUGUCCUUGCCCAAACUCAAAAAAGCCUACGAAAAAUGUACCGGGGCAACUCAUGGGGCCCCCUACUGACCACGGGCCCUCGGGCAGUGCCCGAGUUUCCAAAUGGUCAGUCCGCCCCUGGUCA